AUGUUCAACGCCUUGAACAGCCCGUUCCUGCCACAAAGUUCUCUUUGGCAGCAACCUUUCGGGGCUGUCCUCGUCCCUGUUCUGCCUCCCUCUCCACGCGGUGGGCCCCUUUCGAUCUUGCGUGCAAUGAUGGCGGCCGAGUGCGUGGCGCUGCGCGUGGCCGGCCUGGACGAGCGCGACGACCCCGACGCGCUGGAGGCCGCCCUGCAGCGCCAGUUCGAGGGCGUGCUGGCGGCGCACUUCUUGCCGCCCAAGCGCCGCAGCCGCCUCAUGCUCAACGGGGGCGCCGCGCUCCUCAUUGUGAGCAGCCGCGUGUGCGCGCGCAAGAUCCUGGCCGCGGCAAAGAGGCCUUCGUUCCGGCUUGGGGGGGCGGCCCACGUGCAGAUCGAGUGGGCCGACGAGAACGCGGCCCGGCUGAGGAGGGAGGGCGCCAAGGAAAACAAGGACUUCACGUCAGAGGAUGCACGGGGCGACGAAGCAGAGGCGAGGGCAGGGGACGAGCAAGGGAGGCUGCAUAUGUAUGAGAGCUUUGACGUUCCAGACAAGAGCGAGGGCGAAGGGGGAAGUGCGAGUGGGAGCCAGGCAGUGCAGGAGCGGUGCCGGCAGGGGCCGCUUGCCGGCAGCACCCAGGACGAGGCCACGAGCAGCAGCGAGCGGUGCAUCCUGCCCCAGAAGCGCAAGGUCAGCUCGGCGGGCUACUCGUGGGUACUGCCGGACCUGGCCGCCAGCCACGGCGCAGAGGCGGGCAAGAGGCCCCGCCUGCACCAGGAAACAAGACCCAGCGGCCCUGUGCUGUCACCCCGGAGAGGCAGCAUGGAGGUCGGGGUCUCUCGCAACCAGGAGUGUCCAGCUGGGGUCCCACACGUCGCCCCAAUCAGUCCGGCUGCAUGCUCGCCUGCCGCUUGUCAGAAAAGCUUGGCGUGGUCGCCGCCUGGUGUUCCUCGUAUUCAGCACCUGUGGCUCAGCAGCGUGGGUCAGAGUCCAAAAGCGGGGGCAGCAGGGCGGAGUGCGUUGAGGGACAUUGGGAACAUGACACCGCGGCUAGCCAGUCGGCAGAGGAGCUCGCAGCUGAGAAGCCCACUGUACAGAGCCAGCCCCCGGGCAGCAGUCUGGGCGGACGACAGAGAGCGAGAGCAGGAGGAAGCGUGGCGCUUUGCAAAAGACGUGUUGAAUGGAGGUGGGUGGGGCGGAGUGGCAGCGCUCCGGGGCACGUGGGCAGAGGCCGUGCUGGAUACGAGCCAGCUGGAGUGGACGGCAGUCUGGCCGGAGCAGAUUGUGACCCGGGAAGGCGUUUUUUGCUUCUCGAAAGAGGACUUUCACGAUUCCGUGUGCGCUUUCCAGGAUGCCUUCCAACAGUGA